GCGGGCGGUGGGAGGGGGGAGAAGACAGCGGAGCAGCAAGAGGGAGAAGGAGCGGCUAAAACCGGGAACCAAAGCGCCACAUCCACCGCUACCACCACCACCACCUCUACUACUACUACUACUACUACCGCAGCUAGCGCCGAGCCCGCUGCCGCUGCCGCCGCCGCCCUGGGUGCCCCCCGCCACCGUCAUGGGAACACCGCAUCAGAUGCUCCAACCGCCGCUUUGUCCGUGGGCCAUGUCGUGAUCCGUGGGCUCCGCCAGCGGGUUUUCUAUCCGUGAUCCCGACCGAGGCUAGGAGGGAAGAGGAGGAGGAAGAGGAGGAGGUGGGAGAGAGGGAAGAGGAAGGGGGCAAGGUGGUGGUGGUGGUGGCGGCGGCGGCGGGGAAGAUGUUUGCCUCGGUGGGCCCUCGGGGCGGCCCGCGCCCACCCGUCGCCCCGGCCAUCCCGGAGCCGGACCUCAGUCACCUGACGGAGGACGAGAGGAAGAUCAUCAUGGCUGUGCUGGCUCGGCAGCGGGAGGAAGAGGCGAAAGAGGAGGCCAUGUUAAAAGAAGAAAAGCCUAUCCAAGCCAGAACAGUGAACCUGGUUGGACAGAAGAAACCCCCGCAGCAAAACGACGUCCGAGGUAUCCAGCAGCAGUUAUCCAGCUACAGAGAGACUGUGAUCCGACAGGCCACGGCAGCGGCAGGCUCGGCCGUUCACCGCGACGACGCGCCGACCUGUGGCAUCUGCCACAAGACCAAGUUCGCAGAUGGCUGUGGGAACCCGUGCUCGUACUGCCAGACCAAGUUCUGCGCUCGCUGUGGGGGGCGUGUGUCCCUGCGAUCCAACACGGAGGACAAAGUGGUGAUCUGGGUGUGCAAUAACUGCCGAAAGCAGCAGGAGAUUCUGACCAAGCCAGGGGAGUGGUUCACCGGGCCCCCCGGGAAGCCCGCUGGCCUCGGUUCAGCCGUCAGCGAGCCAUCAGUGUGCCAAGCUCCCGGGGAUAAGAAGCUCAGAUCUCGCUCCCAAGCACCACCGGGGUCCACCACUGCAAUCUACGACCCCAACCGACCGAGCGCACCUGGGACCGCGCCUGGCACUGAUGCUCGGUCGCUCAGUGAACCACCACGAGACACGAGGAAUGGACGGGGUGGAGGAGCUGGUCGGGGAGAGCGGCGGCAAGGCCAGCCCAGGCUGAAGACCCAAGUCUCCAUGGACCGGGACCUCAGGGGGGAGUCUAGGGAACGCAGGGAAAGUCGGCGCCUGACAAAGGGACGUUCUCUGGAGCACGAUCCUGUGGGAGGUGUUGGAGUAAGACGGACAGAAGAGGGGGAUUACCAUCACAUGGACCACACCGGUGCGCCCCCUCGACAAGCAGGGCCCGUCCCUCCUGGAGGCAGGGGCCAUUCUGUGCCCGGGCAGGGUCGAGGCACAGGCGUAGGGGGAGGUGAGGUCGGGGACGGUGCCCGACCUGGACAGAGGACAGCGGGUGGGGUAGGUGGGCUGCAUGAACAUGCUCUUUCACAGCAAGCCCCUCCCCCUGAACUCAGAGAACCUCCUGAUUCAGGUCCUGGCUCAGCCCCGGGCCAGGGACCCUCAGUGAAACGGACCAAACGGGACAAAGCUGAGAGCAUGCUGCGCAACGAUUCGCUAAGCUCUGAUCAAUCGGAAUCUCUGCGUCCGCCACCGCCGCGGCCCUACAAGUCAAAACGAGGGCAGGGGGCCGGAGGGAAGAGACAAACGAGCGUCAGUAGUUCAGAGGAGGAGGGCGGGACCACGCCUGAGUACAGCAGCUGUGAGGAUGCCGAGAUUGAAAGUGUCAGCGAGAGAGGCGACUGGGAAUGCUACCCACAUGACCCCACUGUGUGGCAUCAUCCUGUAACCUGGCAGCCAUCCAAGGAGGGAGACCAUCUGAUUGGACGGAUCACCCUCAGCAAGAGAACUGCUGCCAUGCCGAAAGAAGCUGGCGCUUUACUGGGGUUAAAGGUGGUGGGAGGCAGAGUAACAGAGUCAGGGAGAUUAGGGGCCUUCAUCACCAAGGUUAAGAAGGGAAGCCUAGCUGAUGUGGUGGGACAUCUGAGAGCAGGUGACGAGGUUUUGCAGUGGAACGGGAAGCUGUUACCGGGAGCAACUAUGAAGGAGGUUUACAACAUCAUCUUGGAGUCUCAAGCUGACCCUCAAGUGGAGUUGGUGGUAUCCAGGCCUAUUGGGGUGUAUAGAAAAUAUCAUGAUAUCCCAAGAAUCCCCGACACGUCCCACCCUCCAUUAGAAUCUACAGGUUCCAGUUCUUUUGAGUCCCAGAAGAUGGAGAGACCAUCCUUAAAUGUCCUGUCUCCCUCCAGUCCCGGGAUGCUCCGAGAUGCUCCGCAGUUAAUGCCAGGGCGACUCUCAGUGAAGCUGUGGUACGAUAAAGUGGGUCACCAGCUCAUAGUGAACGUGCUGCAGGCUGUGGAGCUUUCUCUUCGGCCUGAUGGGCGGCCCAGGAGCCCUUAUGUCAAAAUGUACUUCCUCCCUGACCGCAGCGACAAGAGCAAACGAAGGACAAAAACAGUGAAGAAGACCUGUGAGCCUAAGUGGAACCAGACAUUCGUCUACAGUCACGUCCAUCGCAGGGAUUUCCGAAACCACAUGUUGGAGCUGACCGUGUGGGACCAACCCAGGUCUCCAGAGGAGGACAGCAUCUUUCUGGGAGAGGUCCUGGUGGAGCUAGAGACGGCCUUACUGGAUGACAAGCCUCACUGGUAUCCCCUCCAAACUCAUGAUGUCUCAUCCAUACCACUGCCCCAGCCCUCCCCAUACCUGCCCCGACGACACAUAGACGCCCCUGGCAAAAAAUUGCAGCGUUCUCAGCGUGUAACAGAGGCUGAAUUUGAUGAGGGUACAGCAGUAGUAUCUAAAGCAGCAGAUGGACGUGGCAGGGAGAGGCAGCGGGAGCCCACAUCUACCCUGGAGGUCCCUGAGCAGCAGAGGACCCCCACCCAUCACAUACGUUCUCGUUCCGUCUCCCCUCAUCGAGAGGAGCAGGGGCGCAUCCGGUCGCGGCCACCCAAUGUCCCCCCCCAGAGGAGCCUGGAUGAUGAGCUUUCUCACGGUCACCGUUCUCGUUCUCCGUCCCGCUACUACGAUGCUGGUAGAGGUCGCCAUCAAGGGGAAGGGUAUCUGGACGACAGUGAGGUCUUCACGAUCCACCAAUCAAUGCGAGGCAAAAGUGCUGAGUGCCUGCACACCAGUGAUCUGCAGCCUUCUCUGGACAGGGUUAGGAGCGCUAGUGCCAACUGUCUGGCUCCAAACAAUCAUGCCCCCUCACCAGAGACUGAAAGAAAAUCUUUGUCCCAUUCCCUGCCCCGAAGACGUCCGGCAAGUCCAAGGAUUCUUAUUCAACAUGCUUCCCCUGAAGAUGACAGAAUAUGGAUGCUACUUCCGUCUCAAGAGAGUUUAAUUCACCUCAGUACAAAGAAGAGGAAGCCUCGGACCCUGGAAACACCUGAAAGCCACACUCUUGGCAGGAAGCUCUUUGACAGUGGCAGGGGGCACCUCCAAAGUGGUGGGUCUCUUUCCUCCUCGGUGACGUCCUCAUCAACUCGCAGAGUGAGGCAACUCCCACAGCUUCCCCCCAAGAGCAGCACUGUAGAACAAGCCCUGGUAGCAGAGGAGCGUGUCCGUCAGCUCCAGAUGAGGGUUCAUUCCAAUCGGGUCUCAGCUCCAGCCACCUCCAGCCAACAGGACCUUGACCGAGCGCUCAAGAAUAAACGAGAGCUCUAUAAGGACCAGAGGAGGAGUAGUGAAAAUGUUUCCCACAAGUCCUCAGACAGUGAUGUCAGCGACGUCUCAGCCAUCUCUCGAACCAGCAGUGCCUCUCGCAUCAGUAGCACCAGCUACAUGUCCAUCCAGUCAGAGAGACCCCGGGGACGCUUCAGCCGAGCCAUGCGCGCAUCGGGUCGCCACAUGAUGAAGAGCACCAGCAUCAGUGGUGAGAUCUACGGCAUGGAGCACGCUGACGGCAGCCAGUCAGACACGGCACUCGGGAGCCUGGGUAGCGGGAUCAAGAAGCGGCGCUCAAGCCUGAGCCAGCGUGUUGUCGCCAUCCUGCCGUCCAGAAGGAGUCGAAGUACCUCACAGCUUAGCCAGACAGAGGCGGCGGGUAAGGCGGCGGACAGACAGAAAGAAGCGUCAGCAGGUAAGAAGGUGGGUAAGGCCGGCAGCAGCAGCAUCCAGAGGAGUGUGGAGACGGGCAUGGCAGUGGAGUAUCCACGAGGAGGGUCAGCCAUGAACCGACAGGCGAGCAGAGAGUCGACCGACGGCAGCAUGAACAGCUACAGCUCUGAGGGGAAUUUGAUCUUCUCAGGGAUGCGUUUGGGUGCUGACAGUCAGUUCAGCGACUUCUUGGAUGGAUUAGGCCCCGGUCAGCUAGUGGGCAGACAAACGCUGGCGACACCAGCUAUGGGUGAUGUUCAGAUUGGUUUGAUGGACAAGAAAGGCCAGCUGGAGGUGGAGGUGAUCAGGGCACGAGGCCUUACCCCCAAACCAGGCUCUAAAUCCCUCCCAGCUCCCUAUGUAAAAGUGUACCUGCUGGAUAAUGGAACAUGUAAAGCCAAAAAGAAAACUAAGAUUGCACGAAAGACCCUGGAGCCGCUCUACCAGCAGCACCUGCUCUUCGAUGAGAGUCCCCAGGGCAAGGUGCUUCAGGUGAUAGUGUGGGGUGACUAUGGACGAUUGGACCACAAAUGUUUCAUGGGUGUAGCACAGAUACUGUUGGAGGAGCUGGACCUCUCUAGUACGGUGAUCGGCUGGUACAAACUUUUUCCACCAUCCUCCCUGGUGGACCCUACAUUAGCUCCGCUCACACGGCUGGCGUCUCAGACGUCACUGGACAGCUCAGGACCGCCGCCGGGCGUUCGGUCCUAGUGACCGGACGGUGACCGCCUACCCCUCAACACCCCUUAAGUGACAAAAUAGAAUAAUGGACCACAGCUACUGGACCACUACUGAGCAGAGGGGUGACAACACGCCCCGAGGAUGUCGACGAGAAGCCCUCUUUCAAAUGAUGAAAAGCCAGACGGAGAGACAGGGAAUGCGAGUGAGAAAGAGAGGGAGAGAUAGAACUAGCCAAUCAAAGCUUAGCUGGAGUCUGACAAUCACGUCUCACACCUUCCCUCUCCCUCCUCCUUACACCUUUUUGUGUUCAAAGUUUUGCUUUCUUUGUUUUCUCCUCUGACCUGCAGCAGUGGAGGCUUCUGUCCAACAUUGUUUUCUUUUUCUGUAUUUCCUUGUGCAGCCACUAUCAGAGCACCCAAACAAAGUGGGGUUCUCCGCCUAGUAACCCUCCAGCCAAUCAGAGUAGAGCUUACAGCCAGGCCACAGGGAAAAGUGUGGAAGUAGCAAAUAGUUGCGGCUUCACAGGUUUGGCUGUUGUCUCUUCAGGUUUUACCGUGGCGAUAGUGAUGAGCUCAAGGGGACAGAGGGUUGGUCCCGUUUAACCGUGAUGGAAAGGGAGCCUGCACAUGCACUCGCACAUUCUUAGCCUUGACAGGAAAAGCUGGACUCGUUCAUUCGAAUCGAGGCCAAACCUUUUCCGUGUGGAAAGAAAACAUAGACCAAAUUGCGGAUUCGAAUUUCACUUUUGAUUUUGGAUCUUUUGUUUUUUCCUGCCUUUGUUUUUGCCCACUGUCCAGAAUGGUGCCACAUGGUGCAGACUCCCUCUGUGUAUGUCUAUGUUUGGUUUUUGAGCGAUGGCAUGCCAAAGGCCAAUGACAAAGGCCAGGCCACAUUUCUUUGAAUACCCUCCGCCCGACCGCCACCGCCCGUCUCCUCCCCUCCCCAAACCCCUCGAACUCCCCCUGUGGGAGGGAGCAGCAUGACUCGGGGACGCCCCCUCCCCGGCCCCCAAGCUGCAUGCACGUUUCUUUCAUUCCGUUUCGUUUUUUCGGUUCGUUUCUCUACUUUUUUGUAAAAUCGAAAGACGAGACAAAUUAAGGAACAAUUCUCAAAAAAACAAAAACAGAAAAAAAGACUAGACUAUGUGUGUUAGUUCCACAUACUUUUAGGCCAGCUUGUAUGUUGCAUGUUCUUGUACAGUUUGCUCGUACUGAAUAUGAAUACAAACCGAGAAAAGCCAAGCCAUCCCCGCCCCCUAACAAGAGCGGAUCUAAUGGGGGGGAGGGUGACAAUCCCACCCAGGCCUCGCCUACCACUCUGGGUCUAAAUAUCCGUAUUAGGAAGUCUCCAAAAGAAAAAAAGAAAUUGUCUGAAUUAUUUUUUUCUUUGAACCCUUUGAACAACAGUGCUGUUCUGUAGUACUGAGCAUACUCGAACCCCUGGCGUAUCCGAGGAUGUAGGUGUCUAAACUGUAGUUUAUGACGGUCGGGGCUAGAGACAGAGAUAGAGAAUGUGUGUAUAACAGCUAAAUGUAUAUGAAGUAUCAUUAUGAGUUUGAUAUAAAUUAUAAAGAUAUAGAUAUAUGAAUAUAAAAAAGAGUGUAUCUGACUGUACACCCGUCACCAAUACACGCAGACAUGCACACUUUGUACAUACAAAUUAGGCUUGAACUUAAGUUAUGAACGAACAAACGCAUCGCUGACACACAAACAUUCCUGGUCUUGUUGAGGGGAAUACGCGCCCAGUGCUUGAGCUGCUGAGUGGCUACGAGACACAAGUGGGCGCCAAUAGGCCUUUAUUUUGAUUUUGUCCCAGUUGCAGAAAAACAAGCAGAACCAAUUGGAGCAAAGUUUACUUUCUCUUCCUGAAAACCAUGUUUUUCUCCCCCUGUUUAUUGGUUUGGACUGGACUUCUAAAGCCAACAAGAAACCUGGUUUUGCAGACAUAUUUUGCAGAUGUUUUUUUGUUGAAGCACUUGGCGGUACGGCCGACUGCCCCUUUCCUUUGUCAGUAUUACUCCAGGAAUACUGAUUGUUUACAGCCCAUGGCUCCCCACUCCCAAACCACGAUACUAGACGAAAGAUGAAGUAUUCACUGCAACAGUUCUUGUUUGUAUAACAGAUGUGGCUCUACUGAUGUGUAUGUUUUAUAUUCAAGAGUUCAUUUUUAUUAUUUACAAAUAAAAGACUGUGUGGAAGAAGAGCG